AUGUCACUGAACCGUUCGCGUGCUCGUUGGUCUCCGCCACCACCACCACCGCUACCGGGCAGUGGUAGUACUGGUGCUGGUGCAGGCGGAGGUGACAUUGUUCCUACAUCGAUUGAGCAAUCACUUCAAGAUUGGCUGUCUCGAAGCAUUUCUGACAAUUCGCCGAUCUUGGACACAAAGUGCUGUCGCUGUUGUGGCCUACCAAACUGUGAUAACUUUGAGACCUUGGCCAAUACUGUAAGGAAACUGGAAGGGGAUGCUCGUUUAGCUGCUGGGAAAGAAAUUGGACAGAGUCUACUUCACAAGCAUGAGAACUAUGUCGUCGAAUCGAAUCAAGUUAAAGCAGAUUUGGAACAACAACUGGAUGAAGCACGCGAAAAAGCACGACAACUCGAGCAAUUGUUGGAGGAUGCUGAUUGUACUCGACAAGAACUUUUGGAAGAGCAUAGCAAAUCGACUUGGGAGUGGCAGAAAACGCAAAAGACUUUGCGAGAAACAGCCGCUGAUCUUGAAGUCGCUAAUGCCCGCUGUGCACAGCUGAUAAACGAGCUCAAGGCAGAGACGAUGGAAGUCGAUAAAUUACGUAUUUUCAAAUUUAUGGUUCGCCAAGCCGACGUGCGCGAAGAAAAUCUACGUGCAAAGCUGGAGGACACAAAGCAGGAACUAGCCAUUGCGAGAAAAGCGGAAUUGACCUUGGAGUCCAAACAUAGGAAGCUCAAAUCAAGAUAUGAAACUGUAUGCAGCGCGUACGAAAGGUUAAAGCUCAAUCAGCAGGAGUUUGGUAGUACGGAUAGCCUGACGUGGCUCCGUGAAUCCAAUGAAAAGCUUCGAAGAGAUGUACUAAAGCUCACAACAAGGUCGUCGACAUCUGCAGUCGACCUGCAGCACCAACAGCCGCACUUCAUCACGUUGAUCAAGGAACUCGCGCUAGCCAAUAACAAGCUCAAAACUGACCUUCUGGAAUGUCGCGAACUGUUGUCCGAAACACGGCACGAAGUCAUCACCCUGAACUGUCGAAUCGAAGACUUGGAGAAGGAUAACAACAAUAACAGCAGCGACUAUCAUAAUAUGAACAAGCAGCGGCACCAAUGGCCUGAUAAACAUGAACGAUUUCUCAGUACAUCGGCUCCUCAGGAUGGUAUGGAUGACGACGAUUUCAAUAGAAUGAAAUGGCUGCAACCAUCGCCACCAGAGCCGCUGCAACGGAAACAGUUGUUACAAUCACAAAAGAGCACCGGCACUAACAGUGGCACCAGCGGCAGCAGUAAACCAGGUGGUGGCAAGUCUUUACGCACGCGACGUGCUACUUCUUCAUUGGUUUCUCCACCAAAAGAUUUGCCUGCUAUCUCCCCUUCACCGACGGCAUCCACAUCAACACCUACCGCGAAUGCUGCUACAGCGAUCACACCCACAGCAUCCAUCGUGCAUCACCACUACCAUUAUCAUAUGCAACAUCAACAACAGCAGCAUCAGGAGAGUUCUGCUGUUGUACCCCGAUCAUAUGACUCUAGUCAGGAUGAUGAUGAUACACUUGCACCAUUACAAGAGGCUCCAUCGCCACGGAAAAUAGCUGAUAAUAUGCAGCAGCAAAUUACGGCGAGUCCCGAAGAAAAUAGCAUGCUAGUACUUCCGCCCAUGAAGAAUUCUGUAUCCUUUUCAUCGCAAGCAACGAGCAACAACAGUGUGUUAGCAGAGGAUGACGCGACGACGGCAGGAGCCGUUAUCUUGGAGGAAGAGCAAGACGGCACACCGUUUCAUCUGCUGAAAGCACAUGUCACGCAAACGCUGCAGCGGUUACGAGCCACAGACAUCCGUGCAUUGAAUAGACGUCUAAAACGAGCCUUUGAUAUAUUGGAAUUGAGCACCAUGAGUAACUCGAUCAUCGAUAACGUGCUCGUGGAUGUCGAGGCUCUAAGAAUACGAUUUGCAUGGCUGGAUGAUGAGGAACGGAAAGCAGCUGUGGAUGAGGAAGAGGAGCCGUGGCGACAUGACGUAUCCAUGCAAGAGUUCUUCCCGACGCUGCAGGUCAUGCAGGAUAUGCUUCAAGAGAUCGGACAGCUACGUAGCACCAUGAACGAUCUGCAGGUCGAGUACGUCAAGAAGGUUGAAGAAAGCGGCAUGCGGGCUGAACAAGAGGUUAUUCGAAAACGCGAGAUCCGUCGUGCUGCAACAACUGGCCCAUUGUCAACAUCAGCAGCAACAAAUCAGCAGCCUAAUAUAGUAGCUUGGUUAACCAGCGUGUUUUUCCAACGUCCACAUCCCGAUGUGGCAGCAGAUGAGACUAAAAAGCUGAUGAGGUCCGUAUCGCAUGAUUCUAUCUUGGAGCAGCAGCAGCAGCAACAGCAACAAAGCAAUAGUGAACGGAAAACGAUACGACAUAAACGUAGUGAUAUUGACCGCUACGGGCCUCCAUCGAGCUAUCCUCGUGUUGCUUCAUCUGCAGAAAAACGAGCAGCCAACAAACCCUAUAGUAGUGGUGCUGUUGGUAGCAGCAGCAGCAGUAGUACAAGUCAGCCUCGACCCAUUCCGUACCCAAAGCUUCGAGCCUCACGAAGCGCUGGAGGUUCCGUUCGUCGGAGCAGGUCGAUGCAAGCACCUGCGCUCGAGUAUGCUGCUGUCAAACGGAAAAAGAGCCUGGGACUCAAUACGUCCAUGGUCGACCUUGGCACUUCUCCAGAUAUCGAUGUCGAUUGGAAGGUCGGCAGUGCCUUUGGUGCUACAACAAGUUGGCUUGGCAACAAAUAA